AUGCCAACAAUUAAACUGCAAAGUUCAGAUGGAGAGAUCUUUGAGGUGGAUGUGGAAAUAGCAAAGCAGUCUGUGACAAUAAAGACAAUGCUGGAAGGUAUGUAGCUAGCUAUGUACUCAUUAGUCAUGCGGUUGUAACAUGAGGUUGAACAUCUUUGACGUAGCCUACAUAGCUAUCAGUACAUAUUGCACAGUUCAGACGGUAAAAUACAUUUAUCAAAAAUGUCUGGCAGCAUCUGUGUGCAUUUGUCUAAUGGUUGUCUUUGACAGAUUUGGGUAUGGAUGAUGAAGGAGAUGAUGAUCCAGUCCCCCUUCCGAAUGUGAAUGCAGCCAUCCUCAAGAAGGUAAGUGGACUCACUGUCACACAUCCCAUAUCUGGUGCAAUGGACUGAGGGACAGGUAAACUGUGGGGAGAUGGACAUGGAGAACCUUAGUAAAGGGCCUCCUCCCAACCAGAGCUUGCUUUAUUAUCUAAAUUUCCAUUCUUCUCUGUUGAAUUGUACAUUCAUUCAAUCCAUAGUGGCACAAUUCAAUUUAACCCAAACCAGGCUUGGCACAAUUUGAAACCGAUAAAAGUCAAACUUGUAGGCAGAAAGACGCUCUCAAACCUGUAACAGAGAUCCUUACCUAUGAGAGAGUCCACGCUGAUGGUAGGGAUAGUUGUCCUUAGGGAUGAACACUACAGUCCAGUGUUCAUGUGGUCAAUGGAUGAUUUGAAGGGUAUAAAAUAACAAAUGCAUAUAGUCACCAGUGCCUCUCAUAAUCACUAUAAACUACAUGGUGGGAUUGUCUGCAUCAUGUGUUUCGUCCAUCCAACCAGUACUAGUUGGAUUUAUUUACCAUGUGAAGGGUUGUAGGAUUAAAGUUGACUUUUGUUAUUUCCUUCUCCCUGCCAAAUUGUACAAUGAUGUGUUGUCCAUGCGUCUCUCCAACUGAGAGACAAGCUGCUUUGUUCAGCAACUGUAUCCAUGUAAUUAAUGAAUUUAAUUUUGUUUGGGGAAUUACAUUUUUUGGGGAAAUGUGUUUGCAUAGUAGACAACUUACAUGUUCUGCCUGGUUGUGGUGAAACCUGUACUGAAACCUGAAGUUCAAGUAAUAAGGAAAACCAAUCUAGAUGUCUGUCCUUAGGCUAUGUCAGUUUGGUUCUUACAUCUGUAGAAUAGCAUUUCUAUCUCUCAGCCAGAAGCAUGAAGCUCCAAACAGAAACCUUCCUGUGUGCUCCGUGACCUCCUUCCUCGACUUGGGCCCUUUGAAACGGGACUGGAUGGAAGAUGGACGCCUGGCAUGUCUGACUGUUGAUUCACUCACUGUUCCUGGACUAGUUGUUCUUCCCUUUGCUCCCUACAGGUGAUCCAGUGGUGCACCCACCACAAAGACGAUCCCCCUCCCCCCGAGGAUGACGAGAACAAGGAAAAGAGGACGGAUGACAUCCCUGUCUGGGACCAGGAGUUCCUCAAAGUGGACCAAGGGACCCUCUUCGAACUUAUUCUAGUGCGUACCUACCGCCCCCCCUCCCACUCAAAGGUAGCCUAGUGGUUAAGAGCGUUGGGCCAGUAACCAAUAAGUUGCUGGUUGGAAUCCCCGAGCUGGCAAGGUGGAAAAAUCAGCCGUUCUGCCCUUGAGCAAGGCAGUUAACCCCCAACAACAACAACUGCUCCCCGGGCGCCGAUGACGUCGAUUAAGGCAGCCCCCCGGACCUCUCUGAUUCUGAGGGGUUGGGUUAAAUGCGGAAGACACAUUUCGGUUGAAUGUAUUCAGUUGUGCAACUGACCAGGUGUCCCCUUUCACACUCAUAUAAUCAGUUUGACACCUGCACACAGGAGGAAGUGUCUCAGAAUGUAAUUUAGGCAAUGGUUAGCUUGCUGAACAUACUGUUGUACAGCACUAGUAAAGUGCUUUGAGUGACAAGUAGGUGCUUAAUAACAUGUUAUAAUUAGAGGUAGUAGGUGAUUACUAAAGGGCCUUGCAGACAGGGAGUCAAUAACGCCAGCGAAGCCGCCCACAGUUUAUAACACAGGGAGUCAAUAACACCGGCGAAGCCACCCACAGUUUAUAAAAAAUCUUAAACUCUGGUGGUACAAAAAGUGGCUGUUAUGACACCUGGAUUAUCCCAAAAAACACAACCCAGAAAAAGGCAUCCAGCCCCUGUAAUUUGAUUGGUCAACGAGGGAAGGCAAAAGUUAUAUUUGUUAUUUAUUUUUUACCUUGAGUGUCAAAGAAAUUCCCUAUAUGGGCGGCAGGUGACGCCCCUCCCUGUGCUGCUGCCGAGGUGCUAAUCUCCUGCCGGCUUUGCAUAGAAACACAUGGAGGCGGCUGCGUUUUCUUUUCCUGUGUGUAAGCGGCUCAGGAAGUAUCAGGUAUGUGCAUAUGACAUGAAACAAGCACCCUUACUUACAUGGUUCUUUUGCAGGGAUUGUGCAAUACAUUCUUCUAGUGCUGGGGGCUUCUAGGAACUGUGACACAAGUCUAUCAUUUGAGCAGCAGGUUUGACCUAGCUCCUGAAACCUGUUUACAUGGCCUAAGCUUAGGGCUGCAGUAGUUCACGUGGAAGGCAGGCAUGUCAAAGCAGUUGCACUUGCUUUCAUUCAUCCUCAUCCUCUUUUUUUAUUGAUUUUUAUGUUUAGGCCGCAAACUAUUUAGACAUCAAAGGACUUCUAGAUGUCACCUGCAAGACGGUGGCCAACAUGAUCAAAGGAAAGACCCCAGAGGAGAUCAGGAAGACGUUCAACAUAAAAAAUGACUUCACAGAGGAAGAGGAAGCCCAGGUAAUACGGCCUUCUGUGGUUCUCAGGAUGCCUCCCAAAUGGCACUCUAUUCCCUAUACAGUGAGGGAAAAAACUAUUUGAUCCCCUGCUGAUGUUGUACGUUUGCCCACUGACAAAGACAUGAUCAGUCUAUAAUUUUAAUGGUAGGUUUAUUUGAACAGUGAGAGACAGAAUAACAACAACAAAAUCCAGAAAAACGCAUGUCAAAAAUGUUAUAAAUUGAUUUGCAUUUUAAUGAGGGAAAUAAGUAUUUGACCCCUCUGCAAAACAUUACUUAGUACUUGGUGGCAAAACCCUUGUUGGCAAUCACAGAGGUCAGACGUUUCUUGUAGUUGGCCACCAGGUUUGCACACAUCUCAGGAGGGAUUUUGUCCCACUCCUCUUUGCAGAUCUUCUCCAAGUCAUUAAGGUUUCGAGCCUGACGUUUGGCGACUCAAACCUUCAGCUCCCUCCACAGAUUUUCUAUGGGAUUAAGGUCUGGAGACUGGCUAGGCCACUCCAGGACCAUAAUGUGCUUCUUAUUGAGCCACUCCUUUGUUGCCUUGGCCGUGUGUUUUGGGUCAUUGCCAUGCUGGAAUACCUAUCCACGACCCAUUUUCAAUACCCUGGCUGAGGGAAGGAGGUUCUCACCCAAGAUUUGAUGGUACAUGGCCCCGUCCAUCGUUCCUUUGAUGCGGUGAAGUUGUCCUGUCCCCUUAGCAGAAAAACACCCCCAAAGCAUAAUGUUUCCACCUCCAUGUUUGACGGUGGGGAUGGUGUUCUUGGCAGCAUUCCUCCUCCUCCAAACACGGCGAGUUGAGUUGAUGCCAAAGAGCUCGAUUUUGGUCUCAUCUGACCACAACACUUUCACCCAGUUCUCCUCUGAAUCAUUCAGAUGUUCAUUGGCAAACUUCAGAUGGGCCUGUAUAUGUGCUUUCUUGAGCAGGGGGACCUUUCAGUCCUUCACGGCAUAGUGUGUUACCAAUUAUUUUCUUAGUGACUAUGGUCUCAGCUGCCUUGAGAUCAUUGACAAGAUCUUCCCGUGUAGUUCUGGGCUGAUUCCUCACCGUUCUCAUGAUCAUUGCAACUCCACGAGGUGAGAUCUUGCAUGGAGCCCCAGGCUGAGGGAGAUUGACAGUUAUUUUGUGUUUCUUCCAUUUGCGAAUAAUCGCACCAACUGUUGUCACCUUCUCACCAAGCAGCUUGGCGAUGGUCUUGUAGCCCAUUCCAGCCUUGUGUAGGUCUACAAUCUUGUCCCUGGCAUCCUUGGAGAGCUCUUUGGUCUUGGCCAUGGUGGAGAGUUUGGAAUCUGAUUGAUUGAUUGCUUCUGUGUACAGGUGUCUUUUUAUACAGGUAACAAGCUGAGAUUAGGAGCACUCCCUUUAAGAGUGUGCUCCUAAUCUCAGCUCGUUACCUGUAUAAAAGACACCUGGGAGCCAGAAAUCUUUCUGAUUGAGAGGGGGUCAAAUACUUAUUUCCCUCAUUAAAAUGCAAAUCAAUUUAUAACAUUUUUGACAUGCGUUUUUCUGGAUUUUGUUGUUGUUAUUCUGUCUCUCACUGUUCAAAUAAACCUACCAUUAAAAUUAUAGACUGAUCAUUUCUUUGUCAGUGGGCAAACGUACAAAAUCAGCAGGGGAUCAAAUAGUUUUUUCCCUCACUGUACAGUGCCUUACUUUUGAUUUGACCAGAGCCCGUUGGGCCCAGGUCAAAAGUAGUGCACUAUAGGGUGCCAUUUAGGGCGUAACCUCAGUCCUGAACACAGAGCUCCUGUGAUAAUAUACAUCUGACUGAUGUGACACUGUGUGUUGCCUUUCCAUUGUCCCCCCCUCAGGUACGCAAGGAGAACCAGUGGUGUGAAGAGAAAUAA